AGGAUCACGAAGUCAUCACAAAAACAACGAUUCUGAUCAAUUUCUGACGAGAUUUGGUCAUAAACGGAAGCUUAUCGUAGUAUUUAUUCGUAGAAAUCGCUUUUUCGUAACGCAGUCAUCAUGAAAAUUCUUCUUUUGACGUCGCUUUUCGUGCUUUUUUCCUUCGUCACAGCUCUCGAUGACGCCCAAUGUGUCAGUCAGAAGGAGCAGGAAUUCUGUCAACCGACAAAACCUCGCGGCGAACACACUCUCCAAUACACAAAAGCCGUAAUUCAGAAGCCAGCGCCGAUUUUCGAAGGUACCGCUGUCGUCAACGGUGAAUUUUCGCAACUUUCCUUGAAGGAUUAUCGCGGAAAAUACGUCGUUUUCUUCUUCUACCCGCUCGAUUUCACGUUCGUUUGUCCCACGGAAAUUCUCGCCUUCAGUGAUCGCAUCGCGGAAUUCCGUAAAAUCAAUACUGAGGUCAUUGCGUGCUCUGUGGAUUCGCAUUUUACGCAUUUGGCAUGGACAAAAACGCCGCGCAAGGAAGGCGGCUUGGGAAAAAUUGAAAUUCCACUUUUGAGUGAUUUGUCGCAUCGCAUUGCCAAGGAUUACGGGGUUUAUUUGCAAGAUGCCGGACAUACGUUACGUGGCUUGUUCAUCAUUGAUGCCAAGGGGAUUUUGAGACAAAUUACGAUGAAUGAUUUGCCUGUGGGUAGAAGUGUUGAUGAGACCCUGAGACUCGUUCAAGCAUUCCAAUAUACCGACAAUCAUGGGGAGGUGUGCCCAGCUGGAUGGAAACCCGGAUCGCAGACAAUUGUGCCGGAUCCGGAGAAGAAAAUCAAGUAUUUUGAGAAGAAUUAUGAGUUGUAACGCGUGAAAAAGGGAGUCAGGGAACAAAUUUUUUAUGUGUUUUGAAUAAAAUUGUCUGAAAAGUGA